GACGCCGAGACACUUGGAAGCCGGGAGAUGGGACUGUUGACAUUCAAGGAUGUGGCCAUAGAAUUCUCUCCGGAGGAAUGGAAAUGCCUGGACCCUACUCAGCGGAUUUUGUACAGGAAUGUGAUGUUAGAGAACCACAAAAACCUGGUUUCCCUGGGCCUUGCAUUCUCCAAGCCGGACCUGAUCACAUGUCUGGAGCAAAGGAAAGAGCCCUGGAAUGUGAAGAGACACAACACAUUACCCAAACCCGCAGGUAGGUGGGAGUAA